AUGAUAAUUACAACAUGGAUUGCAUAUAUUCUUGCCCGGAGUGGUGUUGGGUUCCCCUUCCCACCAAAAACCAGUUCAGACAUUGAAGUUGUGGAAAGUGAGGCUGUGUCUGUAGUACAGCACUGGUUGAAAAAAACUGAAGAAGAGGCUUCCCAGGACAUAAAGCAAAAGAUGUCCAACAACUUCCCUCCCAUCCAUGGAGAAAAUGUACAUGUGACCAGAGAUGUGGUGAAGCACCAUCACUCAAAGUCUGAUUUGUUAGCAAACCAGAGUCAAGAGGUCCUGGAGGAAAGAACAAGAAUUCAGUUCAUAAGGUGGAGCCAUACCCGUAUCUUCCAAGUGCCAAGUGAGGUGAGAAAUGAUGUUAUGCGUGAACGAAUAGAGCAGGUGAGACAAAGCUUAAGCCGUCUCACCAAUGAAUCUUCUCAGGAGCUUCCCUACAGAAAUUCCUUCUCAGACUGCUGA